UCGGACUGCGAGUAGCGGCGAGGAUGUGAGUGAGGAGCAGGCGGCGCCGCUCGCCACGCUGCUGCCGCCGCCGCCGCUGCUCCUCCCGGACUGCCACAGCUCCGCCGCCGCUCAGGGUAGCCGCCGCUGCCGGGACCGAACAGCUCCGUGCGGGUGCCCCUGUCUUGCUCUCGGCGGUGGAUCAGCACGUACCGAACUGCAAGCUCACGAGGCAGCCGUGGCGGGUGGAAGGUGACCCCCCCCAUCUUCCUCCGUGCACCUCCGCCUCCUCCCGGAGGAGGAGCAGCAGCAAGCGGAGAGCUAGAGAGCGCAGGGAAACAGAAGCGGCUAGAAAGCGACCCCCACCCAGCCAGCCCCCCGGAGGAGCAGCGUAAUCGUUUCCCCCCCCACCGGGGCAGCAGCGGCAGGACCAGGUAGAAGAAGCCAUCUCCGGCAGCAGAAGCGAACUAAAGGCAGACGAUUCCCCCUUGCUGAAACGGGCAACAGGAUCAGGUACGGAGAGCCACCCUCCACCCCCCCUGCAGCCCGGGGGGGAAGACUGAGCCAGCCCCUACCUCGGCGGCAGCGGCAGCAGCUCCCCAGCCAGCAGCACCAUGUCCGCCGCGCAGGUGUCCUCGUCGCGGAGGCAGUCGUGCUAUCUAUGCGAUCUGCCCCGCAUGCCCUGGGCCAUGAUCUGGGACUUCACGGAGCCCGUCUGCCGGGGCUGCGUUAAUUAUGAGGGCGCCGACCGCAUCGAGUUCGUGAUCGAGACGGCCCGGCAGCUGAAGCGGGCGCACGGCUGCUUCCAGGACGGUCGGUCCCCGGGGCCCCCGCCGCCGGUCGGUGUAAAGGCAGUGACGCUCUCCGCCAAAGAAGCGGCGGCGGCGGCGGCCCAGCAGCAGCUCAACCAUGUGGAUGCCACCUCCAAGGCGGCCUCAGCGGGGCUGACCCAGUCCAGCCUGGACCGCUACGGGCUCAGCGCCGCCGCGGCCGAGCAGCGCAGCCGCUUCGAGUACCCGCCGCCGCCGGGCAGCCUGGGCAGCAGCCAUGGCGCCCGCCUGCCCAACGGACUGGGGGGGCCCAAUGGCUUCCCCAAGCAGCCUGAGGAUGGGCCACCGGAGCUGAACCGGCAAAGCCCCAACUCCUCCUCCUCCUCUUCCUCCUCCCGUCGCGGGGCGCACGGGGGGCUCGUGUCUGGCCUGCCCCCGGGGGCCGCCGGCGCCCAGAUGAAUGUGCCCCCCAACCUGCUGCCGCAGACGCUGCUGAACGGCCCCGCUGCCUCCGGCGUGGCUCUGCCUCCGCCGCACGGGGGCCUGAGCGGCCGCGGCGGCGGGGGUCCCCCCGCUCCCUCCGCCUCUUCCCAAGGGGGCACCUGCGGCGGUGGUGCCGGGGGAGGCGGCGGCUCGUCCUCCGAGGCCUGCGGCAAGCGGCCGGGCUCGGUAUCCAGCAGUGACCAAGAGCGGGAGCUGAAAGAGAAGCAGCGCAACGCGGAGGCGCUGGCCGAGCUCAGCGAGAGUUUGCGGAAUCGAGCCGAGGAGUGGGCCAGCAAGCCCAAGAUCGUGAGGGACACGCUGCUCACUCUGGCCGGCUGCACCCCCUACGAGGUGCGCUUCAAGAAAGAUCACGCACUGCUGGGCCGCGUCUUUGCCUUCGACGCCGUCUCCAAGCCGGGCAUGGACUACGAGCUGAAGCUCUUCAUCGAGUACCCUAGCGGCUCCGGCACGGUCUUCUCCAGCGCCUCCGGCGUGGCCAAACAGAUGUACCAGGACUGUAUGAAGGACUUCGGCCGCGGCCUCUCCUCGGGCUUCAAGUACCUGGAGUACGAGAAGAAGCACGGCUCUGGCGACUGGCGGCUCCUGGGAGACCUGCUGCCCGAGUCUGUGCGCUUCUUCAAGGAGCUGGUGGGCGCCGACAUGCUGCCGCAGCCCUACCUGGACGCCAGCUGCCCCAUGCUGCCCACGGCGCUGGUGAGUCUCCCGCGGCCGGGGGCCGGGGCCGGCGGGGCGCAGGGUACAGCCGCCGCCUCUAGGGGACCUGGCGGUGGCGGCGGCGGCGGCGGCGGCGGGGCGAUGCGCAAGAGGAAAGCCUCUCCUGAACCCUCGGACUCGGCCGAGGGGGCUCUGAAGCUCAGCGACGAGCAGCAGCGGCAGCAGUGGAUGGCCAGCCAGAGCGAAGCUCUCAAGCUCACCAUGUCGGCCGGGGGCUUCGGGGCGGUGCACGGCGGGGGCCCCCCGCCGCCGCCGCCCCUCGGGCCUCAUUCCAACCGGACCACACCACCCGAGUCCGCCCCCCAGAACGGACAGUCCCCUAUGGCCGCGCUUAUGUCGGUGGCCGACACGCUGGGCAAUGCCCACUCGCCCAAGGACGGCAGCUCGGUGCACUCCACCACGUCCACCCGCAGGAACAGCAGCAGCCCCGUGUCGCCGGCCUCGGUGCCGGGCCAGCGCCGUCUGGCCUCCCGCAACGGGGACAUGAACCUGCAAGUGGCCCCUCCUCCCCCCAGCACCCACCCCGCCAUGGA